AUGUUGGGUCGUAAGCUCUUUGUUGGUGGUCUCAACCCGGUCACGGAUGAUUUCAAAUUAAAGGAGUUCUACUCGCAAUAUGGCACAGUGACUGAUGCUAUUGUCAUGAAGGACUUCGCCGGACGAUCAAGGGGGUUUGGCUUCGUAACUUUUGGAGAUUCACACAUGACUGAUAAUGCAUGUGAUAACCGGCCACACGAAAUCGACGGAAGGGUGGUAGAUGCUAAAAAGGCUGUACCGAGGGGUGAAUCGCAUCCAGAACCUGAUAUUCCCGUUAACAAAAUCUUUAUUGGUGGUCUAAGGCGCAAUUUAAGAAACGAGGAUCUUGUGGACCAUUUCUCUCAGUAUGGUGUGAUCGUCGAAGCCGUCGUUAUGAUUGAUAAGGAAACUAAUCAUUCGAGAGGAUUCGGCUUCGUCACCUUCAAUGACACGGAUUCCGUUGAUCGGGUUGUUGCAGCAGGCCCGCACACGAUCGGUGGUUCCUCGGUGGAUGUGAAAAAGGCUAUGCCACGGGAUGAUACGAAGGGUGGCCGAAAGAAUCAUUCAUUCUCCUUAUUGGCCGCAGCAGUAGGAUCAAACUCGGCGCCCACUUAUCCUCAAUGGACUCAGUCAGUACCUUGGUCCCCCAAUGUUGCUCCCCCUUCGGCACCAACUGAAUUAUUGGAAUCAGCAGCCCCCUACUAA